AUGUCUAGUAAAAAGAAACAAGAAACUCGUGUUAGUCUCGAUUCUUCUAUAUUAACAGUUAACAAAGAGUCAACCACAGUUUCAAGUCGAAGUAGAACUGAAGCCGAAAAGCCAAUGAUAAAAACACGAAAACCUCCACCAGUUCUUCCAAAAUUAUUACCGUAUACACCACCUGAUGCACUUAUGUUUCCUUUAUUUAAUGCUAUUCAACGUAGAGCAUGGAUGCGAGCAAGAAGAUUAUCCCAUGAACUUAUUUUAUGUGAUCCAUUAAGACAAAAUUAUCGUGAUCUUUAUUAUCAAAUUAAUCAAAUCAUUACACUUAUUGAACGACGUGUUCAGCCGAAAGCAGCAAUUAUUAGUCGAGUAGCAACUGCAAGUAGAGCAACAACUGCAAGUAAUAGUAACACUGAUGAGGAAACAAUAAUUCAACGAUAA